AUGUGGGACGCCUUACCUGCUCCUGCUUCCAUCCAUCUGAAUGUCACUGUUUCUCCGCUCCCCAUCUCCCGCUUCUCGUCUCCCCCUUCCCAUCUCCCGCUUCUCGUCUCCCCCUUCCCAUCUCCCGCUUCUCGUCUCCCCCUUCCGAUCUCCCGCUUCUCGUCUCCCCCUUCCCAUCUCCCGCUUCUCGUCUCCCCCUUCCCAUCUCCCGCUUCUCGUCUCCCCCUUCCCAUCUCCCGCUUCUCAUCUCCCCCUCCUCAAUCCCUCCCUGUCAGGGCGGCGAGUGGGUGUCUCAACUUCAACGACUGUGCCUCGUGUCUCAUCUCCCCGUUCCUCAUCUCCCCCUCCCCAUCUCCCGUAUCUCUAUCUCCACUCCCCAAUCUCCCAUGUCAGGGUGGCGGGUGGUGCCUCAACUUCAACGACUGUGCCUUGCGAGCCGACUCCUACCGCGGGUCCUCCCGCUACUGGCCCUCGCCCUCCUCGCCCUCCAAUCUCACCCACCUAAUGGCUGGUUACCGCAUGAGCUUCACAGGCAUACUCAGCGGCAACGCAGCCAACAACCCCUUUUUCCACAACUGGAACAUGGCAGUUGUCAUGUACUGCGACGGAGGCGCUUAUAUGGGGUACAAAGGACGCAUGCAGCAGGGCUCUAAGAGAGUCUUCCUCUCAGGCCACCACAUUCUCAAGAACACUCUGAUUGACCUGCAGCAGCGGAGGGGCAUGGGAACAGCAGCAUCGGCUCUCAUCGCCGGGUGUUCAGCGGGAGGGCAGGCUGUCGCAGUGGGGUGUGACUGGAUGGCCUCGUUUCUGCCACGCUCCGCUAAAGUCAAGUGCGCUACUGAUGCGUCCUUCUUUCUGGACGGCCACGAGCAGCAACCGCCGCAAUCAUCGCCGUCUCCUUCCCCUGGUCAAGCCCAGGCGCAGUAUUCCGCGCAACAAGCGUACGCCUCUCCGCAGCAAGCGUACGGCGCACCCCAGCAAUUCACCUCCCCGCAGCAACCGUACGCGUCCCCUCAUCAACCAUUCAACACGCCGGUCACCGCGUCGCAUGCAGUCGGCCCGGUUUCUGGAAACAACGGGAUCGGUGGAUCGCCCUUGACUACCGCCAUGGCUCCCCCCAGCGCUCCGUCAGUCGCGCUGGAGCUAACGCAUGGCGGCUCCAAACCUGUCUCCGCUGCCUCUACCCCUGUCCGCGCGCAUUUUGCCGACGCGUCUCAAUCUACCCCUGUCCGCGCGCACCAACCGCACUCCCCCUCCCCCGCCUCCGCUGCUGCGCACGCGUCUGCGGUCACGGUUGUGCAGGCAUCUCCGCUUACUGUUGCGCCCAGUCCCUCCCCAUCUCCCGCUACGGGUACUCCCGGAGCCGUCGCAGCGUCGCCAGGCGGAGUAGGUGCGUCGCCGGGUGGAGUAGGACCGUCGCCAGGAGGAGUCGCAGCGUCGCCAGGGGUCGCAGGGUCAAUGCACGACCCGCCGUGCGCGGCGUGCAAGUCGCUGCGGCGGAAGUGCACGCGCGAGUGCAUCUUCCUGCCCUACUUUCCCCGUGACGAUCCUGAGAAGUUUGCGCGCGUGCACAAGGUGUUCGGAGCCAGUAACGUGUCCAAGAUGCUGCAGGAACUGCCCCUACACCAGAGGGAGGAUGCAGUGGCGAGUCUAGAGUAUGAGGCACAGGCCCGGGUGCAGGAUCCAGUCUAUGGCUGCGUUGGCAUUCUCUGCGUGCUCCAGGUACAGUAA